AUGGUACCUCGUUCGCCUUCCCUUGUCUUAUUCUUCAACAUCCUCAGUUUCUGCGCUGCAAGCGGAAUGUUCCACCAUUUCGGCUACGGCGACCACUUCGAUCACGAAGAUAUGGGUCACGAUCUUGGUUUUUCUCAUGGCUUCGACCAUCAUGGCGGCCCUUAUGGAUAUCACCAUCACGCUGAGCACAACGGGGACCACUAUGGAGACCAUUUCAGUCAUCAUGAUGAUCACCAUGGAGACCACUACGGACACUACCAUGGAGAGCUCCUCCAUGGAGACCACUUCCUCGGACACCAUGGACUUCACCAUUUCGGAGACCACCACCUGCACGAUCAUGACGGGCAUCAUCAUGAAUUUAGCGAUCACGACCAUUUCGGUCAUCAUGGACUCGAUCAUCACCAUCAUCACUCUGAUGGGCACCAUCCAUUCCAUUUUUAUCACUGA